UUUAUUUUAUGUUCCUAGUGAAUAAUCUGCUUAAGAAACACAUUUUUGCACAAAAAGAGGGCCUCAGCUUCCUAGUGAUGUUCUCUUCAUGUCCUGUUUGCUGGUAGUGCAAGAGAAGACCGGACCUUUGUCAUGGCUGUUUUUCUGCUGGGAGCAGCAUUGCUUUUUGUUCAACCUCAGGCAGUUCCUUCCAGGCCUGCUGCCAGUUUUAAAGCUGAGGCUGCUACUCCGAAAGAGCCCUUUAGGAAAGGUGACCUCAAAGAGAGCAUCCACCUCAAUGGGACACUUCAGCGGCUUCCACAAACUAUCAUCAUUGGUGUACGGAAAGGUGGAACAAGAGCCUUACUAGAGAUGCUGAGUCUCCAUCCGGAUAUGGCAGCAGCAGAAAGCGAAGUCCACUUCUUUGACUGGGAAGAGCAUUAUUCAAAUGGAUUGCAGUGGUAUGUGAGCCAAAUGCCAUUCUCGUACCCAUACCAGAUAACAGUGGAGAAAACUCCAGCAUAUUUCACUUCACCAAAAGUGCCUGAAAGAGUUUAUAGAAUGAACAAACUUAUCCGAUUGCUCCUUAUCUUACGAGACCCAACAGAGAGAGUGCUAUCGGACUAUACUCAAGUGUUCUUUAAUCACAUGCAAAAACAUAAGCUUUAUCCCUCCAUCGAAGAAUUCCUGGUUAAGGAUGGUGAACUCAACAUAAACUACAAAGCAAUAAACAGGAGCUUGUAUUAUUUUCACAUGCAAAACUGGCUGAAAUAUUUUCCUCUGGAUCACAUUCACAUUGUUGAUGGGGAUAAGUUAAUCAAAGAUCCUUUCCCAGAGGUAGUCAAAGUAGAAAGGUUUCUGAAUCUCUCACCUCAGAUAAAUGCUUCAAACUUUUACUUCAAUAAAACAAAAGGCUUUUACUGCUUAAGGGACAGUGGCAGGGAUAGGUGUUUACAUGAGUCGAAAGGAAGAGCACACCCCAAAGUAGACCCAAUUUUACUUGAAAAGCUACACGGAUAUUUUCGUGAACCUAAUCAGAAAUUCUUUGAGCUUGUUGGCAGAACAUUUGACUGGCCCUGAAUGUGGUCCUAAGUUAUAGAGACAAGCAUCUGGUGUGCCUAAAUGCUCCAGGGCACAUUUAGAAAAAGAGGACAUUUACGACAUAAUUUAUUUGUAAAAUCUAUGAAUUACUUCUGUACAAUAUUAAAGUCAUAAUUGCCAUGUAAGCUAGUACUAUUUUUCUACUUGUUAAAUUAAACAGAAACACUUUUUGUAAUGUUUUUCAUAGUUAACACUGUAUUUAUGUCUAUAUGAGGAAAAAAACCUAUUUCAUGAAAGAAAGUAUCUUGAGAUUAUGUGGAUAUAAAAUACAUACAUUUUAAAAUGCA